UGCUUCAUCUCCAGCUUCGUGUUGAAGGAGCUUGUUGACACAGAGCAGCAGUAUGUGACAGACCUUGGCUACGUUGUAGAGGGAUACAUAGCUGUGAUGCAGUCAGGGGAAGUGCCCAUGCCGGAGGACUUGAAAAAUGGAAAGGACAAAAUUAUAUUUGGAAACAUAGAAGCUAUCUAUGAGUGGCACAGGGACCUGUUUUUAGCUGAGUUAGAAAAAUGCCUAGAAGAGCCAGAACGUCUGGGUUUACUGUUUCGGCGCUAUGAAAGGAGGCUCAACAUGUAUGUCGUUUACUGUCAGAACAAACCCAAGUCUGAAUAUAUAGUUUCUGAAUACAUCGAUACUUAUUUGAAGUAAGAAAUCCGUCAGAAGUUAGGGCAAAAGUUGCAACUGCCCGAUUUGCUCAUUAAACCAGUUCAGCGCAUCAUGAAGUAUCAACUCCUUUUGAAGGACAUACUGAAGUACACUGAAAGGGCACAGUUACAUAAAGAAGCCGAGGACCUCCGGAAAGCCGUGCACAUUAUGCAUGUGGUUCCAAAGGCAGCCAAUGACAUGAUGAAUGUGGGAAGGCUACAAGGUUUUGACGGCAAGAUCACUGCCCAGGGUAAGCUGCUCCUGCAGGGGCUUCUUUUAGUGAGCGAGCCGUCAACGGGUGCCAAGUUUCGGGAGCGUCAGGUGUUCCUCUUCGAGCAGAUCAUCAUUUUAAGUGAAGCAGUUGGCGCAAAGACACCUUUUUCGAAUCAGGCAUACAUCUACAAAAAUCACUUGCAGGUGAACAAGAUGUCGCUCAAUGAACAUACAGAAGAUGGCGACCCACUCAAGUUUACGCUGUGCUCCAAGGACCCACAUCAGGAAGGCGUCUAUUUUGUCAUCCAGACACCUUCUAUGGAAGCUCGUAACAAAUGGGUAUCAAAUAUUCGGGCCAUACUGGAAACCCAACUGGACUUUCUUCGAGCCAUACAGUCUCCUAUAGCUUAUCAGAAGGAGCUCACUAAGGAUAUAAAUGAACUCGCCCCUGAACUGAGCUCACUGUGGAACCCAUCACUGCGCAAGACAUUGUCACAUCCAGCUGCAGCGCACAAGUGUACCCGGGGCAGUGUGUCAGUAGUGGACAGUGGUACGUCAAAGUCCAUGCGUCAGCGUGACAAGAACUGGUACGACCCGCUGAGGCAGAGGCGCAAAGUACCGCAACACAGCCCGGGCAAAGGCAAGCGCACCUUCCUCGAAGGCUUCCGCAACACGCUGCGGCCCAAGGCAGCUGCCAAGCCCGAGGCUGCCCUCUGCUUCAGCCACAGCUUAGACUCGGCCAGUCGGGCAGCAACAACACUCGAGCCCACGGCCGAUGGCCGUCGUUGGUCCGAGACGGUAGGGCUCCCCGCGAGGCCCCGUUGGCCACUAGUGCGGCCCAGGACUGAUGUGCCACGCUUGUAGAUAUGUACAGAGAGCUGCAAGGUGAUAACUGUGUUCGAAAAGUGUGCCCAACUUACCAUGCAUGGUUGUUUGUGUCACCAAUGCUCUGUGCAGGGGCACCCAUGCAGGACGCUGCAUGCGUGCGGCUACUCACAGCAUUGCUAACCCGAGUCUGAAUGUUUGUACAUAGGUGUAAAUGACAGUCAAUGUAUCAUGGGCACGAGACGUCCG